UCCAAAAAGAAAAAAAAGAAAAAACUAUUUGAUUUGGCUGUUUAAUUUGAGUGCUAGUUUUCCCUCUUCCGCUCUUCUCUUAAGCAGUACAUCUUCAAUGGUUCUCUGAACAAGUUUCGAAACCAGAUUCAUACCCAAAAUGAAGGGAGGUAAAUCAAUGGUUAUACUAGUAUUUCUACUAGGACUACUCCUUGUUCACUCUCUUCAUUCUGCUGAACAAAAGGCCUUUGUAGGUGUUAACAUAGGACUGGAUGUCUCUGAUGAGAUUAGUCCAACUCAGGUGGUUGCCCUUCUCAAAGAACAAAACAUCCGGCAUGUGCGCUUAUUUGAUGCCAACCAGGCUAUGCUCCUUGCUCUUGCCAACACAGGAAUCCAGGUCAUUGUCUCUGUUCCUAAUGAGCAGCUUCUUGGAAUCGGGAAAUCGAAUGCUACUGCAGCCAACUGGGUAGCUCGAAAUAUUGUGGCUCAUGUACCUGCCACUAACAUCACAGCCAUAGCUGUAGGCUCCGAGGUUCUUACCGCCCUUCCAAAUGCAGCUCCAAUCUUAGUUAGUGCGCUGAAUUACAUUCAUUCAGCUCUUGUUGCUUCAAAUCUUGAUUCCAAGAUCAAGGUGUCAACUCCACACGCUUCUGCAAUUAUAGUCGAUUCUUUCCCACCCUCCCAAGCUUUCUUCAACCGUACAUGGGACCCAGUCAUGGUCCCCUUGCUGAAAUUCCUAAAGUUUACAGACUCAUAUUUCAUGAUUAAUGUAUACCCAUACUAUGAUUAUAUGCAGUCAAAUGGCAUCAUCCCAUUGGACUAUGCUCUUUUCCGUCCUCUUCCUCCAAACAAAGAAGCUGUAGAUGCCAACACUCUCUUGCAUUAUACCAAUGUUUUUGAUGCUGUUGUCGAUGCUGCUUAUUUUGCAAUGUCCAAUCUGAACUUCACCAAUGUUCCGAUUAUUGUGACUGAAUCAGGUUGGCCUUCCAAGGGUGAUGCAUCUGAGCCUGAUGCCACCAUUGAAAAUGCUAAUACGUAUAAUAGUAAUCUCAUUAGGCGAGUUUACAACAACACAGGGACACCCAAGCAUCCUGGAACAGCAGUUAGUACGUACAUAUAUGAAUUGUACAACGAGGUUUUAAGGCCUGGAUUAAUUUCAGAGAAAAACUGGGGGCUUUUUGAAUCAAGUGGUGCCCCCGUGUAUAUUCUGCAUCUAACUGGUUCAGGGACAAUAUUGGCAAAUGACACGACAAACCAAACUUUCUGUACUGCUAAAGGAGGUGCAGAUCCUAAGAUGCUUCAGGCAGCAUUGGAUUGGGCAUGUGGGCCUGGAAAAGUUGAUUGUUCGCCUUUAUUGCAGGGAGAACCUUGUUAUGAACCGAAUAAUAUUGUUGCCCAUGCAAAUUAUGCUUUUGACACUUAUUACCAUAAAAUGGCCAUGGAACCUGGUACCUGUUACUUUAAUGGAGUGGCUACCAUUACCACUUCUGACCCAAGUCAUGGUUCAUGUAUAUUUCCUGGGAGUGAUGGAAGGAAUGAAACCUUUUCAAAUCAUACAGCACUUGCUCCAUCUGAAAGCACGACAAGUUCUGGUACUCUUUAUCAGUAUAGUUACAUUGCACCCUGGAUAAUUGCAGUUAGCAGUAUUCUUUGGUAUGCUUUUUUGCUAUGAUGUAAUAUUUGUGAUUCUCGUCACAUACCUCGCAGCUCCAUUGGUUUGAUUGUUUUGAGAAAGUCGCCACAGACCCAAUUUUGUAUGUAGAGAUGGGUCAAAGUCGGUACUUUCAAAACUUUUGAACAAUUUUUAAGAACACAUUGUAGGUAAGAUGAUUCAAUGCAGACAAUCCAUUGAAUUCAUUGUAUCAUAUAGGUGUAUUUUCUUUUUUGAAAAAAAUCCUGAUGUAGACAUCAACAAUAUCAACAAUGUCCAUGAAUUUGCCUGAUAUGGCUUUUAUCAUCUCAAAAA